CCCCCCCCCCGGCCCGCGCCGCACGCAGAGGCCGCCGCCCGCCGGGACCAGAGCAAACCCCCUCCAACAAAAUCCAGCGCCAAGCACCCUGCUCUCAAAAAAAUCCAGCGCCACGCCACGCCCUGCUCUCAAAAAAAUCUUGUUUUACUGUCUUCUUCGCCCCACCUAGUUUGCCAUCCUGCGUCCGCCACUGGUUAUUCUGGGUGCAUUUAUUUCUCUGUGUGGGUUGCAUAGCUGUGUUGGCUUCUAUUUUCAGUGCCUUCUAGAAGGGCAACAAAUGCUCGGUCAUCUGCGUGCGCAUUAUCUUCUACAUCAGCCCAUUCUGCUUUGUCCGUCCGUCGUGUGCGUGGUAGUGCUCGGGGAAGCUGUCAUGGCCGUUAUGGUCAUCGUGUGCGCACUGGUCUUAUUGAAGGCCGACCAGCUGCAUUUUUAAGUGCAGCUGCUACUAUCUUCUUGCUUCCGAGGGCCGGGGGCUACUGCAAGAUCUGCUGCAACAAGGUUGAUUUGAGUUGUUAAUUUGAGGCUGUACAGUUCCUUCAGCAAUGGUUUAUUGUACUCACUGUGCUGAUUACUGCCCCUCCAUAAAGGACCCUGACAAAGGAUACAUAUGCUGUGGUACAUGUGGAAAGGUUCUUGAUCAGGAAAUAUACACUGAUGAGCCUAAUUUUGUUAAAGAUAACUCGGGGCAGAGCCGCUUGGCUGGAAGUAUUCUGACAAGCAUUGAGUCUGGAUAUUCAAUGUCCCAUCAAAGAACCUUAGACAAAGGGAAGGAUGAGAUUAGUCAGAUUGUCAAUAACUUACAUGUCAGCGGUGGAGAUACUAUCAUUAAGAGGGCUCUUCACUUCUAUGAGCUAGCUCUUGACCGUAAUUUUACAAGGGGUCGUAGAACAACACAUGUUGCAGCUGCUUGCCUUUACAUUGCCUGCCGGCAAAGUAAAAAAGCUUAUCUUCUUAUCGAUUUCUCCGACUAUCUGCAAAUAAGUGUUUAUGUCCUAGGUGCUGUUUUUCUCCAACUUUGCCAAGUUUUGCUACUCUCAGAUCAUCCAUUUGUUCAAAAGCUUAUAGAUCCCAGCCUUUUCAUCCAUCGUUUUACUCAACGUUUGCUGGGGGGAAGGGAUAAUGCUGUAUCAGACACAGCUUUACGCAUUAUAGCUAGCAUGAAGCGAGACUGGAUGCAGACUGGUAGGAAGCCGAGUGGAUUAUGUGGUGCAGCAUUAUACAUUGCUGCACUCUCUCACGGGUAUAAUUACACCAAGGCAGAUAUUGUUUCUGUUGUGCAUGUGUGUGAAGCCACUCUAACUAAGCGAUUGAUAGAGUUUGAAAAUACAGAUGCUGGCAGCUUAACGAUUGAAGAAUUUCUGGCGACAGCUGAUGAAUGUAAUCUAGAGCCUGUUCCAAAAUGUUCACUCAAGUCUGGAGAAGUUCUUUGCAAGCACAAGGAUAAUAAAGGUUCUGUGCAUUUUGCUCAUGGACUGUGUGAAAAAUGCUACAACAAGUUCACUAAACUGUCGGGUGGACUAGAAGGUGGUUGUGACCCUCCAGCAUUCCAACGAGCUGAAAAGCAAAGACUUGAAGCUGCUAAAAGGGCUGAAGAUGCUGCUGCAGCUAAGGAGGCAGUUCUGGAAGAAUCUCUUUGUGAUACACAGAAUUCUGAUGUUGAGAAUACCAUAACUCCUAGUAAGGGUAUAAGCGGAGAUAAAUCUUCAGCAGUUGCAUCUGAGGAAUGCACAAAUGACUCUAUACUGUCCAAAGAUCCUGAAGGAGGAGGUGAAAAUUGUGAAGGCGAUGCUGAUCCAGAAAGCCUUUCUGAUAUUGAUGAUGUAGAGGUUGAUUGGUACCUUCACAAUGAGGAAGAAACACAAUAUAAAAAGAUUAUCUGGGAGGAAAUGAACAAAGAGUACCUUGAGGAACAGGCGGCAAAGGAAGCUUUGGCAGCUGAGUUGGCAGCUAGAGGUGUUGUUGUGGAAGAGGGAAAGAAGAAAAAACGAAGACGUAAUGAAGACACCAAGAGCUCAAAACCUGCUGAAACACCAGCAGAAGCAACAUACAACAUGCUAAAACGAAAGCAGGGACUUGGUUCAAAGGUUAGUGCGGGAGCUGUUGGCGAAUUAUACAAGACUAAAGAUGAAGAUGGCAGCGCGCAUAAGAAAGAAGAGAUGGAUUUUGACGCACAGUAUGGGCAGGACGAUGCUGAUGGUGAAACAUUCGAUCAUGGUUACUACAGCUACGAUGGUUAUGACGACGAUGGCACAGGAGUCUACAAUGGCAUUGAUGAUUUUGAUUUCAAUUAGCAGCAUUUGCAGAACAGCGUGCUGAUCAGCAUGACCUUUUGGGACAAACUAGAAGUUAAUCAAGAAGAGAUCGGGCAAAAGAAUCUCCAUCUGUACACUGUAAUACUUUAGUUUAUUUUUUCGUAGGGAGUUUCGAUCAGAUCAACAAUUAGUCUAUUAUGUUGCUUACGAUGGUCAACGUAGUUCUGUUAAUAUGUGAAACUAGGUUCUGCUAGGUUGUAAUUGUAACUAAGUGCACGAUUGCAUUAUUCAUUAUCUGUAAGUUACGUGUAACCAUAGGCAUCGCAUAUCUAUCUAUACAAGAACGAAAUUUUUUGAAAAA